AUGAAAUCCAGAGCUGUCCAAUUAUUUCUAGAAGAGUCCCUUUUUGAUGAAACCCGUCAUGUCCCCUCUCCUCUAGAGGGAAGUAUUCGCUGCGGUAAUAAUAAUAAUAAUAAUAAUAAUAAUAAUAACAACGGCAGUGUAGAGUUGGAUCACAUCGUAUUGCCCCAAACCAACCGGUUUGCAAGUGUCCAACUGGGGGAUAAGUCGGAUAGACGCACCAAAGUCAUGGACUUCUUCCUACUCCAACCUCAUCAACAAGAAAUGGAACUCGCCAAUGCACUUCUCCGACAAUUUGUCUUCCGCGCUUAUAAAAAACGCGCCCCGGAUAUUAUUCCCGCCUUCAAUACAGCCUUUCCCCGCACCGCCCACUCCGUUACAAGUAAAUCCCUCGUACGGGCCUUAUUAGAUGAGAUGGGCAUCACAGAAGGAUGUGGAGUCUUAACAGAAGGCAUUCCCCUUGAUGAUACCGAGACGGAACACUCCACCAUCUCUCAAAGUGCCAUUAUGCGGCAAACAAGUCAAAUGGGAAGUACAAUGGAAUGUGAAUCGGAAGAUACCGUGUUGGAGCAACUUGUACGGCAUGUACUCCGUCAAUUCCACGCACGACAUCCGGGUCGAUAUCAAUCCACUAAUGGAGAUUCCUCCGUGGAUUGGAAUGCCCAUACAAAUACAAAUGCAGGUGGAAGUGGAAGUGGAAAUGCAAGUCGAACCAGUCGUUUACGUUCUCACUAUGAAGGGAAAAUAUUUAAUGAUAGCGGCGUUGGCUUUACAGAACCAGCAUCACUGACAAAUGCCAAUCGUGAACAUACAUCCAGUGCACUGCGUUCCUUCUUUACGGAACAUCCCACGGAAGAUGAUCAAGUCUUCGCCGUAGCCGCCGCCCUCCUUCGACAACAUGUCGCCCAUCCAUACGUAAUACCACUAUCCACAUCGUUUGGAAAUGAUAUGAUGUCAGCAACAAUGUCUACAACAACGAUGGUGAAUGAAAAAGACGGUAAUGGAUCGAUAUGUGAACAAGGACCACAAACGCAUGGAAUUUCACACAUUAUCAGUUUUGAAGGUGGUAUAUGUGAUUACAAGAAUGAUGAGGUAAUGCGUUCUUCUUCUGAUCGAAUGCUUCUUAUGGAUUUAUUAAGGAAUGUGCAACAGUCGACUAUCUCAUGGCGAACAUUGGCAGCUUUACUUGGUGAAAAUAUCUCUACGGCUUGUGCAACUAUACGUGAACAAUCCACAGAAGGUGCAUCUAUAACUUCAUUUUCAUUAAACCAGUCAUCUGUUACAUCUUCUGAUUUCCCUUUAUGUGAUAACGUCUAUACUGUUAAACCAGGGAAUGAAAAUAAUGAUGUUUUUGAAAACCCUUCACGUGAAAGAAGGCGAUGGUUUCCAAGUUUACUUUGUCUUUAUUUACACAGUCGCAUGCGAACAGGAAUGCCAUCAGCAGAUGAUGUGUAUAAACGAAUGAUACGGUUUGAACUUGAACAUUCGCAAAUGAAUACCGCUUGUAUGAGUUUACGUGAUAGUUCAACUAAUGUUCUCUUUUCACCUCUUGUUUUCUCAGCAGAGGCCAGUGCCAGUACUCCCAAUAUUCAACAUUUGAGUAGUUCACAAUCACGAAUUAUUGCUGUGGAAACAAUAGAUAAUAUGACACGAAUUGGUCGUGGAUCAAGUGGGGAAUUAUUCGCCAUGCCGAGACUUGAUACAGGAGAAUUAGUAGCCGUUAAACGUAUCUACAUUACAGAGCAUUCCAGACAACAUGUGGAAAAUGAACUUUCCGUACUUCGACGUAAUAUAUUAUUCAACAACAGUAAUAGCAACAGUAACAGUAAUAUCAUGAGUAACACUACCAGUAAUACGAACAGUAUCACUAACAGAAGAUGUGGUCCCAAUAUAGGAAGGAAUAUCACUCCUUGUCCUUGUAGACGUCUUAUUGCCAAUGAUGAACAUACAGAUAUGGAGGAAGAGACGGAACGUUAUCAAGAUGAAAUGACAGAUGAUAGUGAUUGUGAAGAUGCACGUGCGGUUGUGCGUUGUUAUGAUAUGUUUAUUGAAGGAGGAUGUGCAUUUAUUGUAAUGGAACUUAUGGACAGUGGAAGUAUUAUAGAUGCAUUGAAUGCACGUCGUGGUUGUGGAUUUAAUGAGACAGAGUGCUGUGCGAUUACAUUUCAGGUAUUACACGGUUUACGCUAUUUACAUGAUACCAUUCGCCAAUUACACCGUGAUCUCAAGCCACAUAAUAUUCUUCUUAACCGCAGUACAGGUGCCGUGAAAUUAACAGACUUUGGUCUCUCAUCUAAUCAAUUACAAAGUAUGGGAUUUGAUCAGUGUGGGACUUUUGUGGGUACAUUAGCGUAUAUGUCUCCUGCUCGUGUAGAUGCAGACUCUGUGUAUGGACGCGAAAGUGACUUUUGGAGUCUUGGCAUCUCACUACUGCAAUUGGCAUUGGGGAAAUUACCAUUCACACCGAAUAUUUUUACAAUUGCUGGAUUUCGCACACAACCACCGCGACUCCCUCCUGGAAUACCACAGUAUGAAAGCGGUGAUGAUGAUGAAGAAGAAGAAGAUGAAGAAAAUGAUGAGGAAAAUGAUAGUGAAGAAGAUGAUGAAAAUGAAAACGAUGAUAGCGAUGAGGACCGUAAUGAUAGACAUCCUUUACAUGAUGAUGAGAGUGAUGAUAACAGUGCAGAUGAGAAGAGUAAGUGUAGUGAUGAUGCCUCCUCCAAUACAGGAAUGUUUUCCACUGCAUUUCAGGACUUUGUGGCGGUUCUAAUGCCUGCUGUACAUAAAGGAAGAGAACGACUUACUCCCAUCUCGUUAUCGGAGUAUGCGGACUCUGUGCGAUCGUGUGCACAGACAUUUUCACAGCAGCCCAAUGGAGUAUCUUCACACAUUGGCUGUAAUGAGAAUGAAAAAGAGAGAGAUGAUGAGAAUGACCAUGGAUGUCCUUUUUACACUGUUACUACUGACGUUACGGCUUUUAAUCAUAAUCCUAAUAGGACUAGUACUACUACUAAUAAUAAUAAUAAUAAUGAUAAUAAUGAUAGCGAUAAUAAUACUAAUAAUAAUACUAAUAAUAAUAAUAAUAAUAAUAAUAAUAAUAAUAAUAAUAAUAAUAAUAAUAAUAAUAGUGACAGUAGUAAUCAUGACAGUACCAUUACCAGUAUUACUAGUAACUAUAGUGGUAAUGCUGCUAAUGCCAAUACCAAUUCAAAUACCAAUCCUCAUCAUAAGAUUAAUGGUGAUAAGAAUACAGCGGUACCUUUUAAACACCAUUCCACUAUCCCCUCAACGGUGAGUUUCCCCACUAUGGAUACUCUCUGUUCCUCCUCUCCAACUGCCCAACAAGACUUUCUCCACGCCGUCACUCCCCCUCAACAACAAUUACAAUUACAAUUACAAGAAGAAGAAGAAGAAGAGAGUGAAGAUGAUGAAGAGGUGCCACGAUUGACGUUGUCAACAUCCUCCGCCUCAUCUGCACAGGCAUCUGUGGAGUUGACGGCAACGGCACUAUUGCAGCACCCGUGGCUGCACGGCAUGACGUGGGAGAAGAGCGCCGGCAUCAUUUCCCGCAUAUCGCUGGAGCCCACAUCUCCACAGAGAAGGAGAAAUACAAAGAAGAACAGUAAUAAGAAGAACAGUAAUAAGAAGAAUGAUAAGAAUGAGAAGAGAUUAAAUGUGGAGGAAGCGAUAGAAGUGGAAAAGAGAAGGGGAAAGGAAUGCAAGGAUACCGCCAAGGUUGGGUUUCGCUCUGCAGAGAUGCGGGUCUGCACAAGUGAAGCGUGA